CUAUUGUUUUACAUCCUGCAAACACAUGGCCACAAAGGUCUCUGGCUCUUGAACGCUCACAUUUCGUCCAGAAAAUGUGUUCGGAUAAUAUCACAGUGGCCUUGUAAUUGUGCAGUCGGGUUAUGCGAGACCCGAAAUAGGUAGUCCAUCAUUUCCGCUGCGCCUGUUCAGGGCAGGACGGGUACUCCACAACUUGAGCGGAGAGCCACCGGAAAGGAAAGCUAUCUGUGUCUCUCCCGAGCUGUUCUGCAGCCAGUGCCUCGUUGAUAGUAUUGUUGUCAGUGCAGCCGUGUAGUCUGCACCGUCCUUUAGCUCAGUUUUCAGCUGCAGAGCUCGGAGGAGUAGAUUUUCCACCGGAGUCUCUCUCUCCUCUGUCUCUCUCUCUCGUUUGAGUCACCGUACCCAGGAAGCAAUAAGUGAGUGGGCUUACCGUCAGACGACCAUAUGCAUAGGCGAUCUGUGAUUGCAGCUGGCCAGGGCUUGGAAUAGAUCAGCCGGAAUUGGCCUCAACAGUUCGCCAGUCCAGUAGCGGCUGUACGGCAUAAUGCACCUUGUGGCAGCUCUCGUCCUCGUCAGCCACCUGCUCCUGGCUAGCACAGCAAAUGCAGCAGAUGCGACAGGGACAGACGCGAUUGCGGAGCUACACAUCGCGACCGACUUGAAGCCGACCUACUACCUGUCACAGCACAAGACCCUGGUGCUGAAAGCAUCUGCCGGCGGAACUCUCAGCAUCAACACUACAGUCAAGUGGCUCGAGUGGAUUGUCCCCGCUGACACGGCUGUGUUGCACGGCUUGGCACAGGGCAAUCCCAGCACACUGCACAACAGCACGGGCGUAUGGGGUUCGCUACCCGUACUUGCACUGCCCAGGGACUUGAACGAAGUGAUUCUGCAGUGCGUCUUCACUUUGCCGGAUAACCGCACUGUGGAAACUCGCCUUGCCCAUGUUUUUGUCGAUCCUACUCCAAGCAUCUUACAGGACCUGGCCCCGCGAUUCCUGUAUAGGCCGCCUGAAUCACUGUUUUUCCAAAGCGCUGCGUUUGGACACCCGUCGGUCGCCUCUGAGUGGCACGUGGAGCGUCGGCUCUGCAACGGUAGCCUGGUGCCGGUCAGCAUCGCAGCCCUUGGCAACGUCACCACCCUGACGCGAAUACGGGAGGUCGGCGCGAAAGCGUUCCUCAUCUCCAGACUGCACGUGUACACGAUGCCGCCCAACGUCACACACCUGAUUGUCUACUGUACUUUCCAUGGUAACCUGCCAGGCAGCACCACAACAACAAGCAAGGCCAACUUGUACCUAUUCAACAGCUCCAGCCACCGUGCUUCCUUCGCGCCCACUCCAAUCCACCCAAAGCAGAUUGCAGGCGUCAGUACCGGACCACCACAGACAGUGGCGCCCGCUUGUGACAAUACAGCUUCGACUUAUACUGGCAGUAGCGGACAAGACGUAGCCAGCACAACCUCGCCCAGCACAGGCGGUGGGCGAGGAUCAACUAGCACUCCAUCAACCAGUACAGGUAGUGGACAGAGUUCAACCACCGCAGCCUCACCCCACACAGGUAGUGGACAAGGCUCAACCACCGCAGCCUCACCGCACACAGGUAUUGGACAAGGCUCAACCACCGCAGCCUCACCGCACACAGGUAUUGGACAAGGCUCAACCACCGCAGCCUCACCACACACAGGUAUUGGACAAGGCUCAACCACCGCAGCCUCACCGCACACAGGUAUUGGACAAGGCUCAACCAACGCAGCCUCACCGCACACAGGUAUUGGACAAGGCUCAACCACCGCAGCCUCACCGCACACAGGUAUUGGACAAGGCUCAACCACCGCAGCCUCACCGCACACAGGUAUUGGACAAGGCUCAACCACUGCAGCCUCACCCCACAUAGGCAGUGGACAAAGUUCAACCACCGCAGCCUCACCGCACACAGGUAUUGGACAAGGCUCAACCACCGCAGCCUCACCGCACACAGGUAUUGGACAAAGUUCAACCACCGCAGCCUCACCGCACACAGGUAUUGGACAAAGUUCAACUACCACAGCCUCACCCCACACAGGUAUUGGACAAAGUUCAACUGCCACAGCCUCACCGCACACAGGUAUUGGACAAGGCUCAACCAACGUAGCCUCACCGCACACAGGUAUUGGACAAGGCUCAACCACUGCAGCCUCACCGCACGCAGGUAUUGGACAAGGCUCAACCACCGCAGCCUCACCCCACGCAGGUAUUGGAAAAGGCUCAACUAACACUACCUCAACGACCACAGGCAUUGGACAAGGCCCAAAUACCACAACCCCGCCCCACACAGGCACUGGACAAGGCUCAACCACCGCAGCCUCAACCCACACAGGUAGUGGGCAAGGCCCCAAAAACACUACCUCAACCACCACAAGCAGUGGACAAGGCCCAAAUACCACAGCCCCGCCCCACACAGGCAAAGGAAACAGGCAAGGACCUCUCACUACGGCACCAGAUACCACAUCCAGCAUAACAGACCCCACUCCCACAGCAUCAGUGACUGGUUCUGCUUCUAGUACUGCUUCUCAGUUCUCAACAACAGCUGUAUCGAUGCAGAUCUCAGUUACAGCCAAUACCACUGCUGCAAAAUCCGGGUUUCCAACGACCGCAGCUAACACGGCUAUGACCGACCGCAGCUAA